AUGUUCAGCACAGUCGCGCUCUCGCUUCUUGUUGGCUCUUCUGUGGUCUUUGGGAACCCCUUCGUCGGACCGGUGAAGCCUCGACAGACGAUUUCUCGUUGCGGAACUUUUAUUAGUGAUGAGAGGAUCCUAGCUGCGGAGACCCACUUUAGGAACAACAAAGUCUUGAAGACCCAGAACGGGUCUGAUGCGAUUAUCGAUAUUCAAUUUCAUGUCAUCUACUCGGACCAGACAGAGGCGGGCGGUUACGUCCCUGAUACCCAAAUAUCUGAUCAGAUAGACGUAUUAAACGCUGCUUAUACAAACUCAGGACUUUCGUUUACGCUUGCCAACACUUCAUAUGUCAAUAACUCCGACUGGUUCUCAAAUGUUGGUCCGGAUGAAUCUUCACAAACCGAAAUGAAGCAACAACUUCGCCAAGGAGACGCUGCUACACUGAAUGUCUAUACUGUCGGUUUUGAGUCAGGUAGUGGUGCAGGUCUCCUGGGUUUCUCAACCUUCCCUUCGGACUAUGAGAGUGCCCCAGAGGACGAUGGUGUUGUUAUCCUCUUUUCCUCACUCCCUGGAGGUUCCACCCAAAAUUACAAUGAAGGUCAGACGCUAACGCACGAGACCGGCCAUUGGGUUGGGCUAUACCAUACCUUCCAGGGGGGAUGCGAUGGUGAUGGUGACGAUGUCGACGAUACUCCGGCAGAGGAGUCUCCCGCACAAGGAUGCCCGACGAACCGCGAUACCUGCUCUGGUGAUGGAGUUGAUCCCGUCCACAACUACAUGGAUUAUUCAUACGAUUCCUGCAUGACGGAGUUCACUGAUGGUCAGAUUACGCGUCUACAGGACCAAAUGCGAACGUAUCGUGGAAUCGCUUUCUGA